AGACCCAGUGAGGGGUUCUGGGCCUCACACAGACCCUGCCAGGGCGGCCACCGGGCGCGCCACGUCGGCCGCAGUUGGGUAUAUAAGCCGGGCCGGCGCGCCGGUGGGCGACAGAGCUGGGCCGUCCGGACAAGAUGGCCGCCUCACUCGUGCUGCUGCUGCUCGUGUCGGUGUGCGCUGCCGAGUUGGGCUUCCAGCCCAAGCGGCAGUACACCUACCUGUACGAAGGAAAGCAGGCCAGCGGUAUCCCCGGUAUCCAGUCGCAAUGGUCCGCUCUGGGAAUGAAAAUGAAGGUCACAGUCCAGGUGCCCACCGCCGGCAACCUCUUCUUCAAGCUGGAGAACGUCCAGCAAGGUGAACUGAAGAACACCUACACACAACAGCCGUGGCGCAAGAGCUUCAGCCUGCCGUACUCUCCAGUCCAGCAGUACCAGCAGGAGCUCAGCAAGGUCUUCAAGGUGGAGCUCAACGGCGGAGUGAUCAGGAAGAUCAUCACCUCUGGAGAGGAGCCUAUCUGGGUGGUCAACAUCAAGAAGUCGAUCGCGCAGAUGUUCCAGCUGGAUAUGCAGAAGCACCAAGCCAUCGACGUGCCGAGCAUGGUUCAGCCCAGCGGAUACCAGAGUGGUCAGCAGGCCGACUUCUUCCGCGUUAUGGAGGAGAGCAUCGGAGGCGAGUGUGAGACCCUGUACGAGACGACGCCGGUCUUGCCGCAGGAGCUCAAGGGCGACAUGGUGCAGGAGCUGACUCUUCUCUCCCAGACCUCUCUGCCAGGCAUCAAGGUGCCCGACUUCGACAGCUUCCAUCCGUUCGUCGUUACCAAGACGAAGAACUACCAGAACUGCAAGUCGAGGCCCAACUGGCAGCACAUGACUCCUGGUGCCGUCUCCUGCCACACCGAAGACUGCUACCUGACCGCCUCAAACCGCAGCGCCUCAGCACGCUACGUCCUGGACGGCGACCGCAACAACUUCCAGAUCCAGUACGUGGUGGCCGAGAGUGAGGCACUCAUGUUCCCCUAUGGUCAUGAGACUGAGCAGCUGUGGACAGUCACCAACCAGACACUGUUCCUGCAGAAGAACGAAAAGAUGGUCUCCUUCAUCGGGGAGCCACAUCAGGGAGUGACGCACAAUACCCUUGCCUUCCAGUACCCCACCGCUGACGGCAAGGAGCUGAAGAUUCCCGACCUCAAGUCGGCGCCACAGCUGAGCACUUACAUCCCGGGCGCACCAGUCAAGCUCAUCCUGGAGAAGAUGCCCCCCACCCAGCUUGUCGGUGUCAUCGUCCAGCUGAUCCAGAAGGUAGAUCAGAUGACGCAGAAAGUACCCGAUCCAGUCCAGCAGGAUGUCACAGGCUACAUUCUGGAGAUUGAGCGAGCACUCAGCUGGUUGAGCUAUGAUCAGCUGGGCCAGAUCUACAGUCAACUGAAAACUGAUGGUCAGAAGGGUAUCUACUGGGAUUGUCUGGCUAUGGCUGGCACCAACCCGACUGUGAUGAGGCUCAUUGACGACAUCUCCAGCAAUAAGGUGGACUUGAACCGCAUGACACCUAUUCUGGCCACACUGCCGGUCAACAUAAAGACGCCCACCUACCAACUGAUCCAACAACUCUUCCAGCUGUUCCGGUCACCAAUGAUUCAGUCACACCAGAUGCAGCGAGCGACAAUGGCUUUGUCUCUCUCUAACAUCUUCUACCAGAUCUGCAUCAGCAACACGACCGUGGAGCACAGUUACACGCAAGGACUGUACAAAGAGCACUUCUGCAACAGUCAAACGAAUGCUCUUCUGAAGGAGCAGUUCAUUCCUUUCUUGGAAAGCAUCAUUCAGCAGUCCCAAGAAUCCGAGAGGCUCGCCUUCAUCCAAGCUCUCGCUAACACCGGGGACAAGAGCAUCAUCCCAGUUCUGGAGAGUAUUGUGACAAUGCAAAAGAGCCCGUUGGAAGCCAGCAAGGCCAUUUACGCUUUCUAUCGCGUUGUUGCACAGUACCCAGAGAAGGUGCGCAAGAUCAUGUCGCCGAUCUACCACGACAUCUCUAAGCCUGUCGAGGUUCGCGUUGCUGCAGUUACCAUGGUUCUCGCCACCAACCCUCCCAUCGCCUACUGGCAAAAGAUCGCCACAAGCACCUGGUUUGAGCCCAGCAGUGCUGUUGCUGCCGUCAUCCACAGCACCUACAGCACCAUGGCCAAUAUCACCAUGGCCCACGUUGAGCCGCUGUUCGAGAUGAGCCGGAACGCUCGCAUCACACUUCCUCUUGUGCGUCCUCCCCAGGGUGGAUAUGCCCUCAGCGGAAGCUACAGCUCCCAUAACGGCCAGUUCAUACCUCAGUACCAAGUGGCUGCCAUCUCCCACUGGGCCACCAUUGCGUCCAAAACAUCGGUUAUUCCAAGCGUUCUGUACCUGGAAUUCCAAAACUACGUUAACAGCAUCCUCUACAGCAACCACCGGUGGAGUCUCAACAUGCAGGGUGGCCAGCAAAUUAUCGAUGACAUCAUGGGAGUCGAGUACAAUAGCCAGCAGCGUGCACGUCAGUCACCGCGCGAUCUCCGCGCUGUCUAUCAGAGUCUUGAUAGCUUCAUGCAAUCUAUGAAGGAGAAGCUGCAAGCUCCAGAGAAGUUCCACGCCACCCUGUACGCUCAACUGCUCGGAGCAGUCGACGUCUUCGUGGCCCUCGACGAGAGUAGCUACAGCUCUUGGCUGCAGAAGGUCCGCCAGGGUGGAAUCUGGUCGUCACAGCAGGUGCAGAAAAUCACUUACCUUGAGGAUACCACCGUCACCUUCGCCUCUGAGAUCGGCAUGCCUGUCAUCUAUUCGAAGAAAAUGCCAAUGAUAGCUUCUGUUCGGGGUCAGAUGAGCGUUGAAUGGAAACCGCAGGACGGUCAGUAUCACGUCACCAUGGAUAACGUCCAGCCGUUUGUUGCUGUCACGAAUCUCGUCACUGUCACCACCAUUAACCCCUUCUCGCUGCGUUCGCUUGGCGCUGGCGUUGAGAACAAGCUGCAGCUGUCGCUGCCUAUGUCAUUCGAGGCAACCCUGGACACUCGGGCGAAGACUAUUCAGCUCGAGAUUCAGCCUAUUCAGCAGCAGUCGUCGACCCAGGUCAAGGUUGCCCACAUUCGUACCUUCCCCUUCACCACUGCAGUAGAGGUCAACAAGUACGAGAGCCUCGUCACAUUAUCUGACACCAAGGAAAUCACUUCAUCUCACCCCACUGAGUGGAAGCUGCCAUUCGGCAAGGACGUUGGAGUCGAGGCCUACCUGCGACUGGUUUCUGACAGCCCUGUCAUGAGCUUUGGCACAUUCUGGGCCGAGGCGGCAAAGCGAGGCCGUACUGGACUUACGAGCUACUGGUUCAUGAUGGAGUCGCUGCGCUCACGACACUACGAUGUUGUGAUCGACACUGCUCGGUCUACCUUCCAGAAACUACAGGCAACGUUUGCUCUUGUGUCGCCGGAUGGUCAGUCACCUGAAAUGCGUCGCCCGAUCAUCACCAGCCAGGAACACACCAGGCAGAUUCAGUCUAACAUCCAGCAGACGCGGCAGAUGCUGCAGAACCAGCAUAUGCAGAGUCCGCAGAUGUCCCAGCAGCAGAGGCAAGUGAUGAGCGUCAAGUACGGAUAUUCUGCGACGGCCACCAUCUCGCAGAAGAAUGGCUCUCCGCUGCAAUACUCUUCGAAGAUUGCUCUGCUCACUGAUCCCAACUGGUACACUCAGAAACUUGCACUCAAGGCAAACUCUCCGAACGGCGAGACAUGCCUCGACGCCGAGCUUGCUUUCCCGACUCUCAGCGACAUCCGUGAUGAGCUGCUGAGGACGGAGAUCAAGGCACCGGUAUGGGCCAAGCUCGGCUACGGACGCAGCUGCCAGGAACAUUCUCUGAAGAUGCAGGGCUAUGUGCGUCGUGACGAGCUCGCCAAGGAGUAUGCCACGUCCUGCCCGGAGGCUCAACGCUGCAGUCAGCACGAGAGGCAGGGAAAUCCCAACUCUGCCGACUGCCGCCUUGCCAAGGACCAUGCUGCGCUGGCCAACUAUUACGACCUGGAGUUCACUGGGAGCGCUGUGACGCAGGACGUGCUGCAGGCGUGCUACAAUGUAGAAAGCUUCUUCAAGUACGUGCUCUGGCCGUACAUGAACGACAAUAGAUUCUCUCAGAACCCAAGCGGCAAGGUCAAUGUCAAGAUGCAGCUAAAACCGUCCACCAAUUCUCUCAGCAUUCAAGUCCUGAAGCCUUACGCGACCACUAGCUUUGCCAAAGUGCAGCUACCGUUCAACAUGCUGCAGGAGCCGUGGCUUCUGACCAUGCGCAAGUCGAUCUCGAAGAAGAUCGUCGACAGCCUCUAUGGUGUUGACAAGACGGUCUGCCUGGUCGACCGGCUGGUAGUGAAGACCUACGACAAUGUGACGCUGGCACGCCACCCGUCCGAAUGCUGGACCCUGCUGACUGCGGACAGCAGCCGCAUUCGCAACAUCGCUGUGUUCGAAAAGCAGUCGACCAUCCGCGUCGUGGUGGAGGGCAUGGUUGCCGAGUUCGACCUCGGCAGCCUGAGUCACUUCAAGGUGGACGGCCAGCCCCAGAAUAUCGAUGCUCGCACACCUGUCACUCUGCGUGACAACGCCACCCGUAAGACCGUCCUCCUGGUCCAGAUGCUGUCCCCCGACACCAUCAAGGUGGUGGCUCCGGAGCACUACGUCAAGCUGAUCAUCUCGAAGGAAGGAGUGCAGAUCCACGCCUCCCUGCUGGCCUACCGUAACCGCAUGCGCGGAGUGUGCGGCGACUUCGAUGGCGAAGAGCAGAGCGACCUGGUGGGUCCCAGCGGCUGCAUCUACAAGACUGGCCAGGAGUUCUACGACGCGUACCGGGUGGCUCUGGACGGCUCCUCCUCCCAGUGCCAGUGGCAGGAGCCCUCUCGCUGCAUCCGCCGACCGGCUCAGGCACAGCCGUCUUACCAGUCGAUGCGGUUGCAGCAACCCUAUCGUCAAAUGCGUGGCCGCUACUAAUGCGUCGUUGCAGGACUUUCCAGCCUGUGCGCCCCUCAUUUGAUUACUGAUUGUAACGGACAACAGACCCAUGCGCGAACUUUGAGCUCCCAUCGUGACCUACGUGUACAAAUGAUCAAUGGUAUUUGUCUGUUUGGUGAUGCAAUUAAAUCACGCAUCACAUGUGGACGACUGUAUGUAGUUAUAAAUAAAGCAUGACACAUAGCAGA